CCUUGUUGCUCUGUGGAGAGCAGGGGGUCACAAUCAGAACAAUUUUAUGAUGUUCAGUUCUUCUCCACAAUGAAUGAGUGUUACUAUGAUAAGCAGAUGGACUUUUUUUAUAAUAGGAGCAACACUGACACUGCCAAUGAGUGGACAGGAACGAAGCUUGUAAUUGUUUUGUGUGUUGGAACAUUUUUCUGCCUGUUUAUCUUUUUUUCUAAUUCUCUGGUCAUCGCAGCAGUAAUCAAAAACAGAAAGUUUCAUUUCCCCUUCUACUACCUGUUGGCUAACCUAGCUGCUGCAGAUUUCUUUGCUGGAAUUGCCUAUGUAUACCUGAUGUUUAACACUGGCCCAGUUUCAAAAACUCUGACUGUCAACCGCUGGUUUCUCCGCCAGGGGCUUCUGGACACUAGCUUAACAGCCUCCCUGACCAAUUUGUUUGUUAUUGCCGUGGAGAGGCACAUGUCAAUCAUGAGGAUGCGAGUCCACAGCAACCUGACCAAAAAGAGAGUGACGCUGCUCAUCUUGCUCAUCUGGGCCAUUGCCAUCUUUAUGGGGGCUGUCCCCACACUGGGCUGGAAUUGCCUCUGUGACAUCUCUGCCUGCUCUUCCCUGGCCCCCAUUUAUAGCAGGAGUUACCUCAUUUUCUGGACUGUGUCCAACCUCAUGGCCUUCUUCAUUAUGGUCGUGGUGUACCUGCGGAUCUACAUGUACGUAAAGAGGAAAACCAACGUCUUAUCUCCGCACACAAGUGGAUCCAUCAGCCACCGGAGGACACCCAUGAAGCUAAUGAAGACGGUGAUGACUGUCUUAGGGGCCUUUGUCGUGUGCUGGACACCAGGUCUGGUGGUUCUGCUGCUCGACGGCCUGAACUGCACGUGGUGCAACGUGCAGCAUGUGAAAAGGUGGUUCCUGCUGCUGGCGCUGCUUAACUCCGUCAUGAACCCCAUCAUCUACUCCUACAAGGAUGAGGACAUGUACAGCACCAUGAAGAGGAUGCUUUGCUGCUUCUCGCAGGAGAAGAACCCAGAGAGGCGGCCCUCCCACAUCCCCUCCAUGGUCCUCAGCCAGAGCGACACGGGGGGCAGCCAGUAUAUGGAGGAUAACAGCAACCGAGACCAGGUCUGCAACAAGAGCAGCUCCUAG